ACCAGCCACGUCGCCAGUUUUCGGAGGUUGUCUAGUGCUAGUUGUACCUCCUCCGCCCUCACAAUGUCUGACAUGCUCAAGAAUGUGUUUGGCGGCGCCGCGUCGUCCGGUGCGGUCAAGCCCGACGAUGAAUUCGCGGACUUUGUCGAAGCCCCUCAGCCCUCUCCUGCCUCCAUCCUCGGUUCGUCGUCGACACCAGCUGCUUCGCCGAGCAAUGGAGCCGCCGUUCCCUACACGGCAUGGUACCGGGUGUGGGAGCGGACAUCGCCCAAGGACUUCAUGCAAGAAGCAAUGGUCCUGCCCUUCAUCAUUCUGAUCGUCGCCUUCCAUCUCUGGGGUACGCGGAAGAACCGACGCAAGGCCAAGCAAUGGGCCCAGGCUCACGCGACUGCUCUCCGGAACGAGUUUGCGGUGGUCGGAUUCGGUGGCCUCCACAACGGCGAGACUGCGACUCCCGAAUUGGACUCUGUGGACAGCGUGCUCAAGGAAAAGUCUCCUCAGGAGUUCAUCUCUUACGCGACGGGUCGGCAGAAUGUUGCCUUUGUUGACAUCUCGGUUAAGCUGCCUAAGCGGUACAACCCGGUGACCUACUGGAUGGACUAUGCGUUCAGCUUCUUCUGGGAGACCUGGCCUGCCCCCGCUGAGAAGAUCGAGGCUACUUCGUACGCGUUCGAUGGCAAGGAGAAGGAGCUGGUUCCUGUCCCCGCUAAGGAUUCGUCGUCUUUGAAGGUUAACAACUCGGCUUAUGAUGGGUUUAUCUGGGCUAUUGUGCACAAGAGCUGCAUGCGCAAGUUCCGUCAGGACCGCUACGAUGCUUCGAUCACUUUCACCAAGGAUAACGCCAAGCUGCCUCCCUGGGUGACUGUGAUGACGGAGAGUGCUGAGAUUACCGAGGCGCUUCUUACUCCGGAGUUGAUCAAGGCCAUUGAGCAGGCGGGUCAUGAGUUUGAGUACUUGAUUGUUACUGACCAGCCUACUGACAAGCCGAUGAAGAUCGAGGAAACCACCCCCAGAAAGCGUAUUAGCCUGUCGAUGAACAUUCCCUCCGCCUCCAAUGCCUACGCCAGCACCCUGCCGCUUUUCCAGCAAUUCCUCGGUUUCGCUGACAAGCUCGUUGCGUCCGCGCACUUCCGUGCUGAGGUGACGCGCAAGGUCCGGAACGUUCGUGAGGCUGAAAUCAAGAAGCUCCGCCGUGCCGAUGAGGAAGAAAAGGCCGAGGAACGCAAGAUUGCCGCGGAGAAGCAGAAGAAGGAAGAGCGGGAACGCAUUCUUCGGGGUAUGAAUGCGGAGGAGCAGCGCAAGUACCUCGAGCGCGAAAAGGGAAAGGAGAACAAACGUUCUACGAAGAAGGUCACUCGGAGGGCAUAGAUUCUUCGCGUUUUCUGCUUCAUUCUGUACAAUUCUUCUUCUUGAUGCUAUUUUUAUUGAGAAAACGUGGAGCGGGCUUGAAAAGCGAUUCGAUCUUGGCUCAUGUACCUUCAAUGUAUAUUAAUCUUAUUCGGGCAGGAGAUGCGGCAGGGGAUGUGUCUAUUACGGUCUUUUGUCCAGAAAUGAAUGUGUUUUAUGAGGCUAAUGCGCGCUCUUUUCCCCGAUGUGACAUCGGAUGUUAUCGGCGGUGACCUGAAUACGAGGACAACUAUUUUGUGCUCCGUACUUGAACAUGAAUACGAUGUCAGGUCCCUCCCUGUCGGUUAUGUGUUUCUCGCCGGUUGGGUAGAGUCUUUCCCGUUCCUCUUGGCCUGCAGCAUAAGCUAGAGAUAAGCAUAGUGA